AUGAUUCGUGUUCCAGCGACGCCCGGCCCUCGCGAGAGCUUCCGAGCCCCCUUGGACUUCACAGCCGGCGACGACGCCCUCCUCACCUGCAUCGUCCACGACCUCGGCGAGAACACCGUGCUCUGGAAGAAGCGGGUCCCCACGGACGAGGAGGGGGACGAGAUCGCGUUCCAGCUGCUCACGGCCGGCGGACAACGGGUCACCUCGGACAAACGCGUCUCUGUCAUCCACGAACCCGGUGGAGAAGUGUUCGUGCUGGUGAUCAAGAGGGUGGUGCCCUCGGACUCCGGCGACUACGUGUGUGAGGUCAACUCUGAUCCCAUCGUCAGGUCCUUCCACGAAUUACGAGUGACGGGGAAGGAAGGAACGGGGAGCGGGGCCGGGAUGAGCCCCGAGGAACUGGCGGAAAGGCACGACUACACCGACUGCUGCCGCGAGGCGAACGUGACCACGGACUGCCUUGGCUUCUGCCGCCUGAGCAACAUCAUCGACGGGACCACCGAUGCCGACCCGGACGCCUGCGACGCCCAGUUCCCAGCCAUCGUCCGAUGCAUGGCCGAUGGCCGAAACCACGUGCCGUGCUGCGUGGAGCAGGCCGUGCCGGACAUCUGCCUGGAGGUGUGCCGCGGGGAGUACACGGUCCACACGGACGACGUCCGCACACACUUCUCCUGCUCCAUCUACACGCCGAGGAUCCUCGCUUGCAUCGCGGAGGGAGUCGAGGUCCUGCCCGGCCCCCCCCUGAACAUGGAGGUGCUCUCUCAGUCAGACUCAGAGCUGAAGGUGACCUGGUCGCGCCCCCGAGUGGAGGGCGCCGGGAUCGACCACUUCGAGGUGAACCUGACCCGGUUGGCGACCUUCGACCCCACCGACGACGGACCCAAGCGCCCGCUCAACGACUCCCAGGAACUCGUCCUCCCUGAGGCCAUGCAGAUCCAGGUCCCCCCGGACUCGAAUGCCACGGUGAUCGGGAACCUGAGCGCCUACACGAUGUACGAGGUGGUGGUGCUGUCGGUGAACGCGUUUGGGCGGAGCCUGGGAACGCCGCGGGUGAGGGUGCUCACGCUCCCGGCGGACGCGACGCCGCCGCCGCCGCCCAAGGAGCCGCCGCCGCUCCCGGACGUCAGGGCAUGCUGCGUGAACAAGGGCGUCAACCAUGACAAGUGCCUGAACAGCUUCUGCAACCCCUUGAUGGAGGACGACGUGAGCCUGCCGGACCUGAUGAUCUGCGCCCCGUGGGCGGGGGACAUGUUCCCGUGCCUCACGAACGGGGUGGACCACACCCCGUGCUGCAGGGAGCGGGGCCUGCCCGACCCGUGCCUCGACCUCUGCUCCGGGCAGUUCUCGCGCAUCGACUUCAGAUACUUCAAGUGGGUGCCGAGGUCUCUCUGUCGUGUGAUAAAUGGCAUGAAUCCUGCAGGGUCUGAAGACGAGCUGCAUGUAAUGAGGGAGCUUAAAGCUGUUCUUGAGGGUACUCUUGAAGGGUGCUCUUGA